AUGGCGGACGAUCUCACUUUUGCUUUCAAAAGAUUUGACCUGAACCCAGAGGAAGAGGAAGGAGUCGAUCUGAGCUUUGAGGAUAUCCAACAAAGCGUAGAGGAAUGCCAAUUAAGUCUGAUGGGAAAAGUUAUUGGGGAAAAGGUUACAAAUUUCACUGGGAUUAAGAACUUCACAGCUCAUGUGUGGGGCUAUCCAAGAAAUUUAAAGGUCACUGAACUCAAAGCCAAUCUUUUUCAGUUCCAUUUCGAAUCUGAACUAGAAAUGGAAAAAGCUCUUUAUGGCAGUCCUUGGGUCAUAGACAACCAACUACUGGUUAUCAAGAAAUGGGAGGCUGGGAUAGAGAGGAAAAUGGAGGUGUUUAAUAGUGCAUACCUGUGGGUCCAAAUCUGGAAUUUGCCGAUCCACUGGAUGAGUAAGGCUGUGGGUUUUAAGAUCGGAGACAUCUUCAAAUCUGUAAGGGAAGUCAUUAUCCCUUCCAGUGGAGGAAAGGCAGGAAGACACAUGAAGAUUUUGGCUGAAAUGGACAUAGCAAAACCAUUGGCAAGAGGAACAAGGGUCAAGUUGAAUGGAGUACAGCAAUGGGUUGAAUUUAAGUAUGAAAAGUGUCCGGACUUUUGCUACAGGUGUGGAAUUAUUGGUCAUGGUGAUAAGAAAUGUAACAAUGAAGGACUAAAUCAGUACAACUUAAGAGAAGACCAAUUUGGAGCGUGGAUGAAAGCUGGAAAUAUCAUGGCUUCACCUCUGAGGACCAGGACAAUGGAGACGAUGGAGGAAAUACAGGGGAGUGGAACACAACGGUUCCGAGGGAAUAAGGAGACAAGAGGAAAGGAAAGAAACAAUGAUUUUGAGGAAAAUUGCAAGGAUGGGAAUCUUGUUGCUGUUAUACCAAUAUUAGGUAGAGGAAAACCAGAGCUUGAUAAUACCUGUGGAGUACGAAAGGCAGAUACAAAGGUUCAGGAUAAGGAAGGGAAGGAGGAGUAUAAAGAGGGCCAGAUGGACACCAAAACGGAAAGUGAAAAACAGGAAGGUUUAGGGGAUAAACUUAAAAUAGCUCCAGAACCACAGGGGCAACAUGAAGGGAAAGGCUUGGAAAGAAAUGAGGAGAAAGUCUGGGAGGUAACAGCACUUCAAGAGAGAAGAGAGGAAAAUGUAGGAGAUCAGGAAAUGAUGGAGAACGUAGGAAAUAAGGAAAACAUGGAGAGACAGGAGCACGGAAGCAAGGGGGGAUAUGAACCAAAACAAAGAAAGUUCACAAGAAGGACAAGAGUACAAUUGGGCAGUAUAAAUAACAUAUCUGUGGUUAAAUCGCAUGGGGGAAAAAGGAAAACCAGUGAGUGGAAUGAAGAUGUUGAAAUGCUAGAGUCUGGCCAGGAUCAAGAAAAGAACAAGAUUAUGAAGAUAGAACUGCACACCUGUGACCAGACGGGGAAAUUGGAGGCUAUUCCCUUAUUGCCUCCACAGUCUAAAUGA